AUGAAUAUACCUACAUCAACAAAUAAACAUGUUCAUAUACAAGAACCUCCUGAUCCAUUUAAAUCAAAAAAACGGCACGAAGAACAUAAACGGAAAGCAAAUGAUGCAAAAUAUCCAAGUCACAAAAAUGUUGAAAGAAAUGUCAACUAUUAUCAAAGAUUUAAUAAAAAAUCUGAAACCAGAGAUUUUUAUAAUGAUAUAAAAAAUAAAACAUUAUAUGAUAAUGUCAAAGAAAUGCUAGAAAUGUUAAACUCUGAUUACAAAAUGAGUGAUUACGUAAAUUUAAUAGGAAAAUAUGCCUUAAAAAACAAUGUUUGGAAAAACUUUGUUAAAUAUUCUAAGAUAAAAGAAUUUUCAUUAACAGAUCGUGAGUAUGUUGAAUUUGAUAUACUAUUACCGGAUGGAUUUUUAAUAACAAUUAACAUAUCAGCUAGAGCAACUUUAGAACAACUAAAAAAAGAAGUAUUUUAUCAAGCAAACAAAUUUAUAUUUAAUAAAAAUUUAUUACCAAUACAAAAUUAUCUUUUUGCAAUGAUUGCUGCAAAUGGUAGUAAAGAAAAUAUUUAUGAUGAAAGUUGUCAAUUAUUUGUAUAUAAAUUAAAAUCACCUCUUCUAGUUCUUCAUCAACCAAGUGAAAAUGUUGUUGAAAAAAAAUUAGAACAAGAUAUUGGAGUAGCAAUUGGAUUUCCAAUAGAUGAAUUAGAUCAAAAAAUUUCAUAUGAAGCAAAAUUAUUUAGAGUUUCAUUAUUUGAAUUUUGUGUUCAAACAAUAAGUGAAAGAUGUUGUAGUGGAAAUGGACAUUAUGCUUUUUUUGAAGAUAAUAUUCUUGAAUUAGAAUAUAAAUUAACACCCAAAAUUCAAAAUAAAUUAGAUGAAAAAAAUAUGUUAACUAGAGUUUAUUAUAGAUCAUAUGAAGAUGAAAAAAAUGAAUUAGAUACAAAAUGCACAUGUAUAGAUAUUUAUAAUGUUAUAUCAAAAGAUAAAGAAACUGGUGUUGUAAGUAUUAUGACAAUCCAAAAUUUAAUUGAAUAUUCAUUGAAUCAAUUAAAAAAUAUGGGUAUUAAUAUAAAAGAAGAAGAAAAAGAUUUUGUAUUACAAAUAGUUGGUAAAAAAAUUUAUUUAACUAAAGAAAAUAUACCAUUAACAUCAUUUGAAUAUAUACGUUCUUCUUUUGAUAAUGAUAAUAUUCCAUUAUUAAUUAUGUGUAGAAAAAAUUUAAUUUAUAAUAAUUUACCACCAUAUGUUAAUAUGCAUGUACCAUAUUAUGUAAGAGGAAAUAGAAAACAAAAAGAAAUAACACAUCUUCAUCUUCAUGAAGAUCAUGGUGAUAUACAAUAUUUGUGGGAAUUUGAAGAUGAUUUUAAAUUUGAAUUAGAUACAGCAGGAAAUGUUUCUGUUUAUGAUAGUGAACAAAAAAUAUUUGUUAGAGUUGCAUUAACAGUUGGUAGACAUAUUUUAGCACAAAAAGAUUCAACACAUAAAUCAAUUAAUGAUCCUAGAUGGAGAGGAUAUAAAAUGAAUUUAGGAUAUUAUAUGAAAGAUAUACCACCAGCAGCACAAUUAUCAUUUGCCUUAGUAAGUACAGUUAAAAAAAAAAAUGGUAAAUCAGAAAAUGAAGUAUUAGGAUGGUGUAAUUUACGUUUAUUUGAUUAUAAACAUAGACUUAUUCAAGGAAGAAAAACAUUAUAUUUACAUAAUCCUGGUCCACAAGUAGAAGAUAAUUAUAUUAAUCCUAGUGGUCCUGAAAGUAUGAAUAUACAAAAAGGUUCACAUUCACGUAUUGUUGUAUAUUUUAAAGAUUAUUCUGUUAAAAAUAGAAAAAUUCAUAUAAAAUAUCCUGAAAUGAGUAAAAUAAAACAAUAUGCUAGUAUAAUUAAAAAUAAUCCAAGAAUUAGUGAUGAGGAUAAAGCAAUUGAUCCAAAUUUUGUUAAAUCUGAAGAUGUUAAAAAAUUAAAAAAAUAUUUAAAAUAUUUGGAUGGUACACAAUUAAGUGAAGAUGAUCAAUAUUAUUUAUGGAAACAUCGAGAAUAUAUAUGUACACAUUUACCAAAUCUUCUUGUAGUUAUAAGUGAUUGUAAAAGAAUAUGGAAAUCAAGAGAACAUGUCGCACAAUUUUAUGAAUUACUUACACGUUGGGGUAAUAUAAGUGUUGAAGCAGCAAUUGAAUUACUUGAUAAUAGGCAACGUGAUUGUGAAGUAAGAAAAUUUGCAGUAGAUAUACUUGAUAAAUGGUUAGAUGAUGAAAGAUUUAAAUUAUUUAUGAUGCAUUUAAUACAGGGAAUUAAAUAUGAACCAUAUUAUGAUAAUCCUUUAGCUGUUAUGCUUAUUAGAAGAGCAUUAUUAAAUUAUCAAAUAGCUCACCAUUUAUUUUGGUUAUUAAGAGGUGAAUUAGAACAAGAAAUUGGUUCAUCAGAAUCUGUAAAUGGUAAAGAAUGUAGAUUAACAGGUGAUAAUAAUAUAGAAGGAAAACUUACAUUACCUGUUGUUAGAUGUACUAUAAUGUUAGAAUGUCUUCUUAGAGCAAAUGUUCGUCAUAUUGGUCCUGUUAUUAAACAAGUAAGAAUGGUUAAUGAAUUAUUUAAAAUAAGUAAUGAAAUAAAAAAUAAUACAAGUAAAGAAAAUAAUACAAAAUUAUUACAAAGAAAAUUAAAAAAAGUAAUACAUGAAAUGGAAUAUGUUGAAUCACCAUUAAAUCCAAUAAUAUUAUUAGGUGAAUUAUGUGUUGAAGAAUGUAGAGUUUUAUCUAGUGCUAAACAACCACUUAAAUUAGUAUGGAGUAAUUGUGAACCAUUAGCAAGAUUAUCUAAAAAAACUCACCAAAUAAUAUUUAAAAAUGGUGAUGAUUUAAGGCAAGAUAUGUUAACAUUACAAGUAAUGAAAAUUAUGGAUGCAUUUUGGAAAUCAAUGGGUUAUGAUUUUUGUAUGAGUAUUUAUGAAGUACUACCAAUGGGAUAUAAUAUUGGAUUAAUUAAUGUUGUCCAAAAAUGUGUUACAUUAUUUGAAAUACAAACAAAUGAAAAAAAACGUAGUAUGCCUUUAUCAAUGGAAACAGCAUGUAUUAAUAAAUGGUUAAGAAAAUAUAAUGAUGAAACAAAACUUUAUUUAGAAGCUGUUGAUAAAUUUACAGCUUCUUUAACUGGAUAUUGUGUAGCAACAUAUAUCUUAGGUAUUAAGGAUCGUCACCAGGACAACAUAAUGGUAAGAAAAGAUGGAAGAAUGUUUCAUAUUGACUUUGGGCAUAUAUUAGGACAUACAAAAACAAAAUUAGGUAUUAAUCGUGAUAGAACACCUUUUAUAUUGACAAAUCAUUUUUUAUUUGUAAUAACAAAAGGUCGUUGUCAAUUUAAAAAUGAUCAUGAUAUAAUUAAAUUUAGAGAAAAUUGUAGAAAAGCAUUUCUUAUACUUCAUGAUCAUUCAAGAUUAUUUAUUUCACUCUUUCGUAUGAUGUUAUCAAUGGGUUUACCGGAAUGUUCAACACAAGAAGAUUUAAAUUAUUUAAAAUUAUCAUUAAUGGCUGGUUUUGAUAAGGAUAUAGCAGCAAUUCAAUUUGAUAACAUUUUUGAUGAAGUAAUAAAAUCUGAUCUUUCUACCAAAACCAAUUGGUUUUUCCAUUCAGUUAAACAUAUGUAA